AUGAACAACGGGGAUAAAAAGGAUAAAAAAGAAAAAACGCGCGCAAAGAGAGCACCACUACCGAAGUUGGACGCAGAAAGAUUGCUUGGUGAAGAUGGCUUAAGAAAGUUACGGAUGAAAAGUCACGAAUUGGUUAUCAACAAACGUGAAGAUCCGGAGAAAAAUCUUAGAAAUUUGAUGACAUUUUAUCAAAUAUGGGCGCAUGAACUGUUCCCGAGUAUGAAAUUUCGUGAUGUCAUUGCCAAAACGGAAAAGAUUUGUAGGGAGAAACGGCUCAAU